UGUGGAAAGCGUAGCAGGUCUGCGAGUUCGUACUGCGAAAUGGAGCAACCACCGCAUCCAACGGCCAAGUGGUGCAGCAUUUUGCUGGUGCUGAUCCUGCGCAUUGGAGGCUGCACACCAGUCAACUAUGAGAUCAUUGGUGAUGAAAAAACAAUGGCCAUCGAAUGUGAUGGUAUGGAUAACGAGGGUGACAUUCAAGUCAGACAGAUCUUGGACAUGAGCGACGUGCGAUUUGUGAUUGCCGAUGAUCUGGAGACCCUCUACUACAGCGGCGAUAUCAAGGUGCUGAUGGACAUACCCCAAUCGCCCAUCACCCUGCAGAUGGACGUUUUUCGCUGGGUGCGCAGCGAAUGGCUGCCCACACCAUUCUCGAUAAAGAGGGACGACUUCUGUAAGGCCCUGCUGGAUCCGUGGGAGUUUUGGCAUCCAGUGGUCAGGGAACUCCCAAAAAGUCAGCUCAAUUGUCCCCCAAAUAAGUCACACGUCUACUCCCUGAGGAAUAUCAGCAACCAUUUGUUCGUGAACAAUAUGCCUUCUGUGGACAUUGCCGGCGACCUGAAGGCGGUGGUCCACUUGAGCACAGAUCAGCACAAGACCUGUAUGGUGGUCUUUGUCAAGGUGUAUGCGAAUUGAUAACCGUGACACGAUAUCUGGCUGCGUCUCUUUUAUGGCUUGGUCUGCCAGUUGCUGUUGCUGUUGCUGCUGCUGCUGCUGCUGCUGCUCGACUCUGUUUGCUCAGCUUCAAUGGCACGGCGCGUUCUCCCUCCGUUUAUGAUUCUAACUAAAUGAUU